AAGCCUCUCUUGCCUCCCAUCUCGCCUGAGCAUGUGGGGAGAAAAUGCUUGGUUCUUGAUUUAGACGAAACUCUGGUUCACAGCAGCUUCAAGGCAAUACAGCAAGCUGAUUUCAUUGUCCCGGUUGAAAUCGAGUAUCAUUGGCACCAUUUUCAUGUUUUGAAGCGACCAGGCGUCGACAACUUUUUGAAAAAAAUGGGCGAAAUUUAUGAGGUCGUUGUUUUCACGGCCAGCUUGAGCAAAUAUGCCGAUCCUGUGCUCGAUAAGCUUGAUAUCCAUCAUGUCGUUGCUCAUCGACUCUUUAGAGAAAGCUGUUUUAGCCAUAAAGGCAAUUAUGUCAAGGAUCUAUCACAACUCGGAAGACCCAUCGCUGAUACCAUAAUUCUGGACAACUCUCCAGCAUCCUACAUCUUCCACCCCAAUAACGCUGUCCCGGUGUCGUCGUGGUUCAACGAUCCGCACGAUGCCGAAUUAACAGACCUCAUUCCAUUUCUCGCCGAUUUGACUUCAGUUUCUGACAUCCGAGGAAUUCUGGAUGGCGCACGAUAG